AUGGCUGACCUCUGUACGGACUACUUCUCUAACCUCUACAGUGGUGAGACGACCAUCUCACGGAACAGGUCCUUUUGGGACCAUGUCUUCCCUUCUUCCCUUCCUGCUGACUGUCUGUCCCGCCUGGAUAAGCCCUUGUCCGCCUCGGAAAUCGAGAACGCUCUUUCACGACUGGCCAAGGGUAAAACUCCUGGGUUGGACGGACCGCCUGGUGAGGUGUUCUGCUCUCACAGGAAACUGUUCGCCCCAAUUUUUCAUAAGCUCUGUACGGGCAUUCUUUCCUCCGGGCAGGUUCCUGCUUCCAUGCUUUCAGGACGGACUGUUCUGAUCCCCAAGAAGGGCAAAUCGGACCAAGUGGACAAUCUGAGGCCCAUUACGUUAAUGAAUGCAGAUUACAAAGUCAUCACUCUCGUCCUUGCAUCCCGGCUCCAAGCUGUACUCCCGCGUCUCAUCAGCCCUGCUCAGUCGGCCUUUAUCAAAGGAAGAAGAAUCGGUGACACCAUUAAUGAUACUCUCGACCUCAUGGAUUGGGCAACUUCCCAACAAAACCCCCUCCUGGUUCUCACUGUGGACAUCCGGAAAGCUUACGAUUUGGUGGACCGGGAAUUUUUGUACUCAUGCCUCCUUCAUAUCGGUCUCCCCCCCAAUUUCGUUACCUGGGUUAGGCUGCUGCAUACAGGUACCACCACACGUGUCUCGGUUAAUAAUCUUGAUGGCCCAGUUUUUCCCGUACGAACAGGGGUCAGACAGGGCUGCCCGUUAGCCCCACUCCUUUUCGUUUGUGUUAUUGAAGUCAUGCAACGGUUUUUUGAGUGUUUCCUUGCCUGGCUGCGUGUUCUGUAA